AUGUAUAAUCCUUAUGGUACUGAAUUUAAUCAGCAACAACCACAAUCACAACAACAACAACAACAACAACUUCAUCAUUUACAACAUCCUCAACCUCACUCAAUACCUAAUCAACAACAAAAUCAGUUCAACUUUCUAAAUGAUCCUGCAACUGCUUUAGCUUCUCAAUUUGCAAGAUCAGGUUUUCAACAAUCAAAUCAAUAUUUACAAGAAAAUUUUGGUAGUUUUUCAGGUGAUAUUAAAUAUUAUUUUCAAGUAUCAAAUUCUUAUGUAUUUAAAAAAGUAUUAUUAAUUUUAAUGCCUUAUAGACAUAAAGAUUGGAAUAGAUUAUUAUCAACUACUGAAACUGGUCAACAACAACAAUAUUUACCUGCUUCAAUUGAUUUAAAUGCUCCUGAUCUAUAUAUCCCUUUAAUGUCUUUUGUUACUUAUAUUUUAUUAUGGGCUGCUUUUCAAGGUUUAAAAGGUGAUUUUCAUCCUCAGUUAUUUGGUUAUUUAGCUUCUCAAACUUUAGCUUUUUCAAUUUUAGAUGUAUUUAUAUUUAAAAUUGGUUUAUAUUUAUUAAAUUGUUCUCAAAGUAAAAUUUAUGAUAUUAUAAGUUUUGCUGGUUAUAAAUAUGUUUCAAUUAUUGUUUUAUUAUGUUUAAAACAUUUGUUUGGUUCAAUUUUAGGUAAAUUUUAUUAUUUAUUUGUUAUAUUGUUGAUCAUUAAUUUAUCAAUCUUUUUAAUGAGAAGUCUAAGAUUUAUAAUAUUACCAAGUAAUUCAACAAGUUCAUCAAUGAAUGAUAAUAUUACAAGUAAACAAAGAAAGAUAAGAAUACAAUUUUUAUUUAUUUAUUCAGUUAUAAUUCAAGGUUUAAUUAUACUUUAUAUGAGUAAAUAG